GUUCGUUUCUUUGAUUACUUUUUAAAAAUGACUUUGUAAUUUCAUUGAUUCUGCUUUACGAAUGCUGAAUCUGGAAUUUUGUUUUGCUUUUGUUUAGAUUAUAUAUAUUUUAGAUACAUAUAAUAUAGUUAGUUUCAGUUAGAGUAUAUACUAAUAAAGAGCGACCGAUCUAAUAAAAUUAGUCUACUAGAUUGGUUAGGUAGAGUCUUUAAAUAUAAUCUUGCAAUUGAUAUUCCCUAUCAGAGCAUAUUAUAAGAAAAGUUCCGGUGACGUAUUCAACCAUUAAACCAAGAGAUAGAGAAUAUGAUUUUAAAAAGUUGAUUUGGAGAUUAUCAUCUAUAGUUUUUUCUGCCAUCUCUGGUAAUGUAGAUUUUUUAUUUCCACAAAUAGGUGAAAAAAAAGAAGGAAAAGAAUCAAGUGGGUUACUAGCUAGGUUGGUCGGUAACAUUAUUAUUUUGGGACAGAACAUGUUGAAAGGUUUGGUGCAUUCGAAAAGUCUUCGCCGCCUUGCCUUUUUAAAUAAUUUUUGUUUUAAACAUCACUAAAAAGACUAUAGUCUAUAGAAAAAGAAAAGAAAAAAAGUCAUUAGUUUUAAUCGCAUUACGCUUUCGGAUAACACGAAAGGUUAAAUUAUAAAAUGAACGAUUUUACGAAUCCACAUAUUCCUGGAUCAACGGGAACCCUUCGUUUCUUUCCCACCCGCGUGUUAUCCCGUUUCUCAAAUUUCUCAUCUUUCCGGGAAAAUUCACUUUUUUUUUUUCCUGGGAAGAUUCGUUGUGUUGUGAAUUUUAGUGGGCACCUUCAAAUUUUCGAUUUUUUUUUUAUUUUCCUUGUCUCUUACCUGAUUUGGUGAUUUAUUAUUACAUCAACCACUCGAUUCGUUAGAUUUCCGGAUUUGAAAAAGAGUCACCAACUUGUACGGAUUCUCGUUUUGGGGAUCGAGUAUUGCUGAUUUGUGAUUUUGUUGUUUUUGGGUACUUUCCCUUUGUGGAUUCGGAUCUGGUUGGUGGCUUUGUCAAAUGGGCGCAUUAGAUGAGGGAUGUUUGAAUCUGGAGCUCGACAUUGGAAUGAAAAAUGGCUGCAUUGAGCUUGCUUUCGAGCACCAACCUGAGACUUUAGCAAUCCAAGACGCUGUCAAACUUCUCUUGCAAGGUCUUCAUGAAGAUGUCAAUCGGGAAGGCAUCAAAAAGACUCCUUUCCGUGUCGCCAAGGCCCUUCGUGAAGGGACCAGAGGUUAUAAGCAAAAGGUGAAGGACUAUGUACAGAGUGCUCUGUUUCCAGAAGCAGGGUUGGAUGAAGGAGUUGGGCAAGCAGGAGGAGUCGGAGGACUUGUUGUUGUCAGAGACCUCGAUCAUUACUCUUACUGUGAAUCUUGCUUGCUUCCUUUUCAUGUCAAGUGUCACAUAGGUUAUGUCCCAUCGGGCCAGAGAGUGUUAGGACUGAGCAAGUUCUCUAGAGUCACUGAUGUUUUCGCCAAGCGGCUCCAAGACCCUCAGCGUUUGGCUGAUGAUAUUUGUUCAGCUCUCCAACAUUGGGUCAAACCAGCUGGAGUCGCUGUUGUUCUUGAAUGCUCUCACAUUCACUUCCCCAGUUUGGACUUGGACUCUCUGAACUUGUCUAGCCACCGUGGAUUUGUGAAGCUACUGGUUUCCUCGGGGUCAGGAGUUUUCGAGGAUGAAAGCUCGAAUCUUUGGGGUGAAUUUCAGAGUUUCUUGAUGUUCAAAGGUGUAAAAACGCAAGCUUUGUGCAGAAAUGGCAGCUCUGUGAAAGAGUGGUGCCCAAGCGUUAAAAGCUCGUCUAAAUUAUCACCUGAAGUUGACCCGGAAAUGGUUUCUGCUGUUGUUUCCAUCCUGAAAUCACUGGGAGAAGAUCCGUUGAGGAAAGAACUCAUUGCUACACCAACUCGAUUCCUCAAAUGGAUGUUGAACUUCCAAAGAACCAACCUCGAAAUGAAGCUAAACAGCUUUAACCCUGCCAAAGUCAAUGGCGAGGUCAAAGAGAAAAGGCUGCACUGUGAGCUGAACAUGCCCUUCUGGUCAAUGUGUGAACAUCAUUUGCUUCCUUUCUAUGGAGUUGUUCAUAUUGGCUACUUUUGUGCUGAAGGAUCCAACCCCAACCCUGUUGGAAGUUCACUCAUGAAAGCGAUUGUACACUUUUAUGGGUUCAAGCUUCAAGUGCAAGAGAGGAUGACUCGACAGAUCGCUGAAACGCUAUCGCCUCUUGUUGGCGGGGAUGUGAUUGUUGUGGCGGAAGCUGGGCAUACUUGUAUGAUCUCUAGAGGAAUUGAGAAGUUUGGAAGCAGCACCGCGACAAUCGCAGUUUUGGGUCGGUUUUCGAGUGACAAUUCCGCAAGAGCGAUGUUUCUAGACAAGAUCCAUACAACUAAUGCCUUGAAGACAGAGUCAAGCUCUCCAUUUUGAGAUGGUUUCAUGUCUGUUUGUUGUCUUUUUUUUAUGCUUCUGCUUGUCUUCUCUUUUUUUUGUUAUAUGAUAAAUACUUCGGAAGUUGCUAAACUUCGGAAGCAAACCAAUGAUUUCUUGGUUUUGAUUCUUCUUCAUGGGUUUGUUUGUUUCUACAUGGAAAAUGAAUAUUUAUCUUUAUGUUAGGUGUGACAUUCUCUUAAUAUAGAUAGAUUUUGUUAGCCAUACUAUUACUACAUUGGACUUUGUUUAGAAUGAAAAGAGAUAUUGAAAUUUGAAAGUUUAUAAAGCAUUACUCAAUCCUG